AUGGGCAACACUAGCAGCGUCAGCGCCGAGAAUUGUGGUCCCUCUUUAACCACCCGUUGUCCAAAUACCACGCCUACUCGGCAUAGCACAAAAUAUCGAAUAAUUGGCAAUGGGAGAGUCGUGUAUCCGUUACCGAAUAGCGCGGAAGAGGAAAAAAUAAAAAAUAUCAACGGGUCCAUUUGCGAACGAUUGGCCGAGAUGUUGCUCUCGACCAGAGAGAUAUCCGGGAAUAAUUUCAGUCAUGAAGUGGUGAUCAGCCCUGUUGGAAGGUGGGGUAAACGAGCAGGUGAAUUUGGACUAGCCUGUUUCCGCGAACUGUCUAGGAAAAUGAAGUCAGACAUUACCGCGCAUCUGGGAAUUACCGAACAAGAGUACGACAAAAUAAUUCGUAAUUCCGAAAUGGAAUUCGAUGUUCAUCGAAGUUAUACUACUUCGCAUCGAUUCAUUGGACAGAAAAUUUUUUAA